AUGAGGACAAGGUUCCUCAAUCUGAGGAUAAGAGUCCACACUCUGAGGACAAGCUUUCUCACACUGACGACAAGGUUCGUCUCUCUGAGGACAAGGCUCCUCACUCUGACGACAAGGUUCCUCACUCUGAGGACAAGAUUCCUCACUCUGGAACAAGGUUCCUCACACUGAGGACAAUGUUCUUCACUCUGAGGACAAGGUUCCUCACUCUGAGGACAAGGUUCUUCACUCUGAAGGCAGGUUCCUCACACUGAGGACAAGGUUCCUCAAUCUGGGGAUAAGAGUCUUCACUCUGAGCUUCCUCACACUGAGGACAAGGUUCCUCACUCUGAGAACAUGGUUCCUCACACUGAGGACAAGGUUCCUCACUCUGUUGAUGUGGAUCCUCACUCGGAGGACAAGGUUCCUCACUCUGAGAACAAGGUUCCUCACACUGAGGACAAGGUUCCUCACUCUGAGGACAAUGUUCCACGCUCUGAGGACAAGGUUCCUCACUCUGAGGACAAGUUUUCUCGCUGUGAGAAGAAGGUGCUUCACACUGAGGACAAGGUUCUUCACUCUGCAAACAAAGUUCCGCACUCUGAGGACAAGGUUCCUCACUCUGAGGACAAGUUUCUUCACACUGAGGACAAGGUUCCUCACAAUGAGGCAAGGUUCGGCACUCUGAGAACAAGGUUACUCACUCUGAGGACAAGGUCCCUCGCUAUGAGAAGAAGGUGUUCCGCACUGAGGACAAGGUUCAUCACUCUGCGAACAAAGUUCCGCACUCUGAGGACAAGUUUCUUCACGCUGAGGACAAGGUUACUCACACUGAGGACAAGGUUCCUCACUCUGAGAACAUGGUUCCUCACACUGAGGACAAGGUUCCUCACUCUGUGGACGAGCUUCCUCGCUCUGAGGACAAGGUUCCUCACUCUGAGGACAAGGUUUUUCACACUAAGGACAAUGUUCCUCACACUGAGGCAAGGUUCGGCACUCUGA